AUGGCAACUGCCUCAAAAGUUCAAUGUACAAAAUGUGCGAAAAAUAGCGCUAUAACCGCGUGUGAAGGUUGUUCAUCAAAACUGUGCAGACGGUGCUUCACUGAUUAUCGUCAAGAUUUGUCGAAAGAACUCGACAAUGUUGUUUACGAACAUGAUAUGCUCAAAGAGCAGCUCGAAACGCCAAAUGAAAAUAAUUCUCAUCGUCUGUUAAAACAAAUUGAUCAAUGGAAGAAAGACGCAAUCGAUAAAGUUAAUCAGCUUGCUGAUCAAUGUCGGACUGACGUUGUCAAAUUGCUAGAUAAAAAUAAGAACAAGCUUAUUGAUAGAUUUCGCAAAAUGACGAGUAGAGUUCGUAAAGGUCGAGAUGAUGAAGAUUAUGAUGAGCGAGACCUCAGCAAGUGA